GAUGGUGCCUCCGUGCACCAUUUCGUGGACGAGGACGAUGAUACUCGUCAAUAAAUGCGCAAUGCUGUUGUUCCUCGUGGCGACCGUUACCGACGUUCUCGUUGGGAUACAAUUACUCGUCGUGGCGGCCGCGUCCCACAGCACUUCGCGACAAAGAAAUGGUCUCCAACGGAUGCGAGAAGAAGUGCGUGAAUGUCGACGGAUGCUUGGACUGGUGCGACAAACUACACAGUCAGAUUAUUCCAGAAGUACAGAAUCUAAAAAAUAUUCAAGUAGUAGAUUGAGCCCCUCUACUAGUACUUCGUUGAUUUCAUCCGAAGAUCUUGCACUCGAUUUCUAUGGUGGGCGUGGGAUGGUAGAAGACGAUGUGGGUGGGCCUGGGAUAGAUGGGGUAGAAGACUCAGAUGAUAGUCAGAAGGAGUACAAUUACGUCAAUCUAGCUGGUAAGGCUUCCCCUAAGUAAUGUCCAUCUUCAGAUAGUGCAUCUUGGAACAUUAGGAUGGGAGAGAAGCAUCAGGAUGCACCAUCUUAAAAUGGAGAUUUGGGUGAGCGCUAAAGGUGGCGUUUUCUGCACAGCAUGGUUGUCAUUGCAAGUGGCGUGGAGCGUCACUGCAGACGCGAAGCCAGUUUUUCUAGAUUUCUUUCUUGGGCAUGGAGGUUAUCAAUAUUUCAUCGAAAGAGCAACGCACGCCUUUCAUGCAGAAAAAAACAGAAACUUCUUUCUGAAUUCUGGCCGGGAUAGAGUAAGUGAUGUACCGGUAGUACCAGGAAAGCAGCUCAAGGAAGACGCAGACUCUGUGUCCACGACGCACAAAACAAGUCAAGCUACAGGACCGGCAUGGUCUCCGCUCUAUGUGACUUUUGAACGUGAUGACGAAACGAUACGGUCUGCACAGCGUGAUGACGGGAUACUGGCGAGUCUCUGGCAACGAGAAGCUGCAGGAACUUCACUGCCUCGUGUCGUCAAGAAAAAAUUGGUGCUGGCAGGCACAAAUAAGAACGGAAGGAAGCGUCGUGGAGGUGAAAGUUACUACCCGACGACUUUGACGAGGUCUAUAGCGAGGAAUAUAACCAACUGGCUAGAGAGCAGUCGAAAUGUAGGCGAGAAAGUAUUGGGCCGGCCAACAACGGACUCACUCGUGGUUGUUGUGCAUGGGGAACCCCUGUUGAGAGAUGUUGACGUUCCAGCUCAUCUAGGAGGUGAGACCACUAGUACAUCGGAAAAAGCAGCACCAAAAGUUCAUCCACUUGCGACUAUGUGUAGGACGAUCUACGUUAAGGGUUCCCCUAUUGCAUCCUUCACGUGUCCCAUCCUCGGCAGUUUUUCAAGUGGAAAACAAGGCAAGGAUGUUCUGAAGAAUGCAAUAGCGCAGCCUCUACCUACGCUGGUGGCGGGCACAAAAAAGUAGACCAGGACCGGGAGAAAGGAAUAAAAGGAGAAAGGACACCAGGCAAAGGUGGAGGAGGCACCACAACAGGUUUCAAGCUAGAGGAUCACAACUUCCGUAUGUCUUCGGUUUUUCUUGAUGCGAAUGUUCCGUGUGAGCCUGAUGAGUCCGAGUCUCGCGGAAGUGUAAGAGAUGCAAAGAAGGAGUCCUACUGUUUCGAACGUGAAUGGCUUGUCAUCCAAAGGGAGUGCCAACCUGGCUUGGUCUUUGUCAACAACGUUAACUUGCCUCAAUCCCCUAGUGGCUGGCUCCGGGAACAUUUGCUAGUGCGGGAAAAAUGGAUCGAGAUUUUCUCAGAUGUGAUGGUAGACCCCGAUGGCGGUGGAGCACCGAGUGAAGAGCUACGGCCGCUUUAUACACACCGAAAAUUCGCAUUAUUGGCACAUCCGAAGCUGGUAGAAAAGGCAGGUGUGCAAGAUCAUGGGAGCACCAGUCUUGAGUUGGAAGCUUUAGAGGACUAUUCAUUGUGGUCAACGAAUAUUAAUAAAAAAGUGGCUGAAGGCGAUCAUUCUAGUCCUGCAGGCGAGCAAGAUGACAAGAAUGUGAAUGACGAAAUGAAACAGCAGCUACAGCCUAGUAUAGCCCGCAAAGCAAUGUCAAAGCCUGAGCUAAUCACUCCCGGCAACCUUGCGUUACUCGACACAGCAAGAUCAUUGACGGAAACUGCGCGUUCGCAGCUCCAUGCGCUUUUAGGGUGGAUGGUGAUAAAUACAACAGGUGACGAAAAUCAUAAAAACGAGGAAGCUGCUGGAACAGCAACAAAAAUUACCAACGCCAUUUUUGGCGUCGAUGGCUUACAUGAAGGCACAACAUUAAAUGCGGGCUCGAUGGAGAAUUUCUAUACAAAAUUUCUCGGCAACUGCAAUGCUCUCUUCCUUGAGGAUGAAGGACGACGUAAAAAGAAGGCUAAUAGCCUAACGGAAGUUCUGUGGAGAAAUCGGUACGCUCCAACCGAUGUUGACACGGAAGUUGCCGUUUUCCAACGAGAAGUUCGAGGAUUCGCAGAACUCGUAGUGCCCU